UUAACCUUCCUUGUCUUAAUCUAUGUAUUCUCAUUUAUUCGUCAAUUUUAACAAAUAUAAUUUUCUAGUUAGCAUAGAGGGAGAUUAGAGAAGUUUCUCACCUUUCUAUUUAUAGUUGUACUCUUUAAAUCUUGGUUAUAUUUUCAACUGCCUCUCUACCUUUUGCUGUUAAUUGUUCUUAGGUUGUUUUGAGGGAAUUUUCAAGCUAAAAGUAACUCAAAUGGGCAAUUGUUUGGGUUCUCCUGCACCACCGGACUAUUUCGACCUUGAAGGAGCAAGACUAGAGCAGCGCAACACUCAAAAUCUUAUUUCCACUAGUUUGAAGGCCUUCUCUCUUGAGGAAAUUGAGACUAUCACCAAAGAUUUUCAUGUUGACAACUUAAUUAGAACAUAUUUUCCUUAUUUUGUUUUCAAGGGAUGGAUAAAUAAGAAAACACUUGCUCCGUCAACACCUGAAACUGGAAUGGCUGUUGCUGUCAAUAAGAUGCAACCAGACUGUUUCCCAGGCAAUCAAACCGAGUGGUUGGAAAAAAUAAUCCAUCUUAGCAAACUACACCAUCCUAAUCUGGUGAAACUAAUUGGAUAUCGACUUGAAAAUGAAUGGGAAAAAUUCAGUCCAUACCACUGGUAUUUGGUAUCCACGUUUCAGUAUAGGGGAAACCUAGAUAAUUACUUAUACGGAAGGGAGGGCACUCGGGCGUUGUCCUGGGAGAAAAGGAUGAAAGUGGCUAUAGGUGCUGCCAAAGGACUUUCUUUCCUACAUGAUGCUCAACCAGAAGUCAUUUAUCGUUAUUUGGAUGCAACAAAUAUCCUGCUAGAUGAUGACUAUACCCCGAAGUUAUCAGCUUAUUUGUCAACACAAGUUAGGGACAUCCAGGGUUAUGCUUUAAAGGACUAUUUAUCACCGGGCUAUUCAUCACUGGGUUAUGCAGCACCCGAGUUUGUAGAUACUAGAUACAGGUGCAACAAUCGCCAUAGUUUUAUAAAAAAAAGUUCUCUGUUUUUAUAGAUAAGGUAUAUGUAACGUAUAUGCACUAGCUUUAAUGAGUCUUUUAACAUAUUUAGCUUGAUAUGCACCAGGUUGCGUUUCAACAAAGAGCAAUGUCUAUAGUUUUGGGGUUCUACUACUUGCACUACUAACUGGAAAACAAGGAAUGACAAUUUAUGAUAAGAUUCUAGUGGAUUGGGUGAAUUCAUUUCACAAUAAUAACAUACUCGAAAUCAUGGAUACGAACAAAGUCAUGAAAGAUUAUCCCAAGGAAGCUGCUAUUGCAGUUGCUACACUUGCUUUAAAUUGUACUCAAUUUGAUCCAAGCUUAAGGCCUGAUAUGUCAGAAGUUUUACAGUCACUUCAGAAUUCUGUUGUUAGGCCUCAAAAAUGGUUAUAAAUUUCCUCAAAAAUGGCAUCUUCAUUGUCAUCUCAACCAUGAUCUCCUCGUUUUUAAUUUGUUUGAUUGAGGAGAUUUUAAUUCAUUGUAUGUUAAUUUAUCUUUUAUGUAGAAGACUGCCUUCAAAGGCUUCUAUGUGCUU